UGAAAGAUGCUGGAAGAGACUUUACCUAUUUUAUUGUGGUGCUUGUUGGAAUUGGUGUUACAGGUGGUUUGUUUUAUGUGAUUUUUAAAGAGCUAUUCUCUUCUUCUAGUCCGAGUAAGAUCUAUGGAGAUACCUUGGAGAAAUGCAGAUCUCACCCUGAGAUAAUCGGUGUUUUUGGUGAAUCUAUUAAAGGUUAUGGGGAGGCAACAAGAAGAGGAAGACGACAGCUUGUCAGUCACAUUGAAUACGUAAAGGAUGGACUGAAAUACAUGCGUUUGAAGUUCUAUAUUGAGGGCUCCGAAUCAGGGAAGCGGGGAACAGUCCAUGUGGAAGUCAAAGAGAAUCCUGAGAGAGGAAGAUUUGAGGUCCGCUACGUAUUUGUGGACGUUGACACCUAUCCUAGAAGAACCAUUAUCAUAGAAGAUAACAGAUAG